AUGCCCCAACCGUCUCCAGCCAUGGAAAACUCGUAUGCAAGCUACGCUGAAUACCCCACAAAUCUGCUGUGGAAGAACACGUCCAACUUCGUCAUCGAUUCGCAGCAUAGGAAAUUCGAAAGACUCGAUGCAGCACCAUAUCAUGUCCUUUCGAAAGAUGAGGUUCGCCUGUUUUAUAUGGACAUCUCAAAUGGCCUAUUAGCAAAGGACGGCAUCACAACCGACCGAAAGCUGACCGAAUGGCUUGGAAUCGACCCAUCUUUCUCAUCAGGCAGUACUAGUUCCAGCGUUGCGAGCACCAUCCGCAGCUCUGGCAGCGACAGUGAGAAACUCCAGCACUUUCUUAAACCGGAUCCACAGUGCCGAGUGGUAUUCCUUGGAUGCAAUGGAAACUCGAGGGACACACUCAAGAUCACCAAAGCGAUGCUCGCAAAGAUUCUGACAUUCCAUCAGGUAACACCCCGGUACCUCGAGUUUCUCGAUGCAUUUGGUUUCCAAAUCCAACAAAAGAACUUGCACUUUACCGGAUUCUGUGAAUACAUAUCCGUGGGUGGGCCCACGUCGCCCGUUGCCGAUGCUAGUCUUGGGCGCUCCGGGAAGUUCUUCCAACUAUGCUACAAUCUGAAAUCUACAGGAGUGGACACGGUACGGCCCCAGGAAACAGACGACCUGAAGUCCAAGGCGAGAUCAUUUCGCCAGGUGGCCGUACAUCACCAGUUCGACCUCGAAAACGGGAAUUCGUUUUGGAUACUCACGCACGGGCACUGGGAUGUCAUGAAGGAAGCCGCUGAUCUUCUUGGAAGCAAAGGGAAGGCGGAAGAUAAGGACUUUCGAUCCGUCGAAGCCAGUCUGAAGUCAAGUCUCGCCAUGCACCUCAUGCUCUGUCGAUGGGCAAGCGAGACCUGGAGAGACUGCCUUCUGGAGCUUGAGGAGGACGUGGACCUAGCGACUGAAGACACAGCGCACGCGCCGUUCAAGUUGCUCGCGCCGAACGACCUCAUCAAGAUUCAGGAGCUGGGAGAAAAGACCAAGGAUGCGGUCUCGCAGCUCAAAGAUAACGCAGGCCGACUGCAAGACCUGGCCGACUUUUACCAGCGCCUGUUGAAGGAUGACCGCUUCGCCAGCCGGGACUCGUGCAAAAGCGCCAUUGACGAAUUCGUAGGCGAUCUCAAGUACAUGAUCGAGGACACCCAGCUGCGCACCACGAGGGCGGAGCUGCUCUAUCAAACAACGUCGGACCGCAAGGAACUGGCGAACCAGCGUCUUCAGAUCCAAUCGACCACGAGGAUGGAGCGCAUGAGCGUCGGAAUGUACAGGGAGACUAUCGCGAUGAGAGUUCUGGCAGUCGUCAGCGUGAUCUACCUGCCAGGCUCCUUCGUCUCCGGCUUCUUCAGUACGGACGUUGUCAAAUACCAACAGGGAGGCGGGGCUCAAAGCUCCUCUUCAGCCCAAUCGGCGCCUCAAAAUUCGUCAACUCCAAGCAAGGCAUACAUGGGAAGUUUUUCUGACCUCGCUCUAAAACGUUGGCUCGAAGUGACUCUGCCCCUGACGGCUGUGACAGUUGCUAUUGCUCUGGGAAUUUUCGUUUAUUCAAGGCGUAGAUGGGACAUGAAAAGGAAGGAUGUGAAGUACAGCCUGGCAUAA